AUGAACCUACACUAUUUGACCACAUCCAGAACCAAUCCACAAUUUUAUACAUUUAGACAGAACUUUGUCAAGGGACAGAAUCUUGAAUUAGAUGACAUAAAGUGGGAAGAAAUUCAAAACUUAGGCUGGCUGGAUUUUUGGCACGGCGAGGGCCAUCAACUAUUAGAAAAGAAAUGGCACACUUUGUAUCCAACAUUUCAAGAGGAAAUAGACGUAGCCACCAGUGAGGAAAGGGCCAAUUGGCAGGAACUUUGGGAGGAACAUUCUACAACAGUCAGUGGACAAUUUUGGCAUAUAUUUUCAUGCGCGUUUGAGAAUUAUCAACUAAGGUUUAUACAUUCAUUAGAAAGUGAUAAUGAUGAUGAAAGGAUAGAGGAUGUAGGUCAAACUUUUGAGAACCUAGAACUUGAGAAUAUUGAAACAGAAAUCGAGGAAGAGAACAAUCAUCCCACAGACGACUUCACUUCGGAUGUGGAUGUGGAUGAGGAACAUCAAUUGAAAUUAAUGGGAUUACCCACUGCAUUUGGCACACAACGGCAACAAAAAGCUCGACAAGAAACCCUUCAGGACAUUGACUCCGAAACAUCAUCAAUAAUCAUGCCUAACGAAAAUAAAUUUUUGCAUCGUACGAGAAAGGAUAAAUGGCUUAAGGCUAAGGAGUUAAAGAAAAAAAUCCGGGAUAUAUCCAACAUUCCACAAUUCAUGCAAGAUGAAAACCCUUUGAAGAAAUAUUGGUUCAAACGAUUCUCUUUGUUUUCUCGCUUUGAUCAGGGUAUCCGAUUGGACCGUGAAAGCUGGUUCUCCGUGACUCCUGAGAGGAUAGCAAAACAGACGGCCAAUCGUCUGGCCUGUGAUUUAAUUGUUGAUGCCUUCUGUGGUUGCGGCGGCAAUGCCAUACAAUUCGCCCUCACCUGCCAAAGGGUCAUAGCCAUUGAUAUUGAUGCUCAGAAACUGGCCAUGGCGAAGCAUAAUGCUAAAAUCUACAAUGUUGAUCAUAAAAUUGAAUUCAUUCAUGCCGAUUUCUUACAAUUUGCCAAAAGUACGCUCUUGAAACCGAAUAUGGUAUUUUUAAGUCCACCCUGGGGUGGUCCGGAAUAUUUAAAGCAUGCGAAUUUCGACAUUGAGCUAAAUCUAUUGCCAGUCGGUGCCACCGAAUUGAUGAAUUGUGCACGACAAUUGUCCUCAAACGUUGGUUUCUUUCUGCCACGAAAUGCCAAUAUGAAGCAGGUAAUUGCCUUAACUGGUGCGGCCGGUCAGCAAUGUGAGGUGGAGCAUAAUUUUUUGGACACACGGAUGGUGGCAAUAACAGCCUAUUAUGGCAAAGAUUUGAUUAAAGGUGAUCGAAAUGAUGAUGAUAAUGAGGAAGACAAAGUAGGUUCUUAGAUUGAGCUAAGAUCCAUCUAUAUCCAUAAACAUUAGAAGAAUUUGUUAAUCCUUUUUAUAUCAAUUAAUUAGACUCUUAAGAAAAAAAAUGGAUUUUAAAUGUUUAGGCAACGCAUUCAUAUGCUAUUCAUAUAGUAAGGUUUUAAAAAUUAUUUAUAUUCACAAUUUUUUUUUUUUUAUAUCUUUUAAAUCUUUGAAGUUAAACGGAAUAAAAUGGACAAUGAUAUAGCGCUUCAAUUGAUUGGCCGUCAGUGAAGGUGUUCGAGUAUAAAAUAUCAAAGAAGCUAACUUCG